CCUAAAUAUUCAAUUACCAAUGCUUUCCAGCUUAAAUAAAUAAAUUAUUGACGUUGCGUGAUUACAGAAUAUGUUCGAAUGUAUAAAAUGAUUGAUUCUGUCAAUAUUAUGUCACAUUUGAAAAGUUCUGUUUUGUAGUUCGAUUAUAUAAAUACAGAAGAAGAUUAGGAUUUAUCUUGAAAGAUUUCUUUCAAAUUCACUUGAUUUCUUCCUACUCAUGCAAGCACCAGAAACUUUUGCCAGUCAAAAAGAAUCUCCUACUAAGUGUUAAGAGGAACUGUCAAUCAUGACAUGACUUAGCAUGUGUAUUUGUGGCGUGUGAAAAAGAUUACCUUUCUCAAGAGAGGUGCCACGGAUUUUCUCGGUUCGAAUUUUAGAAAGAGUGCCACGGGCGAGAGAAAAAGUUUGAUGUUGAAUCGAUAGGAGAAAGUUGCCAGCAAAUCCGAUGUUUCCUGCAAAGAUACGAAAGUAACGAGCGAAGCAAUCUGCAAGGCUUUGCAAGGAUUGGACUGCUGCGAGGUAGACGGAACGUGAUUUUUUGAUGCAAAUACUGAUGCUAACGCGAUCCUGGGAAGAUCCGUUGCACCGAGAAUUGUAGAUUCCAUACAAAUGCGUAUAGCUGCAGCGAUAUACAUGAUGCGCGCAUCCAUCCAUAAAUGGCCUCUCUAUCAAUCGUUGCCGAUUUGACAUUUCGCUACAGAUUAUUUUGUUGAACGGAACUUCUGAUCAAGAAGGUGACUUCGUAGUACGGCAUUCAAUGUAUGUACGUGCACGGAUUUCAUUUCCGGUUGCAGAGUACCCUGAAGUUGAGCGAACAGCACGACUAUCUUGAAUCUCGCGAUUCAGGAGAUCAUCACGAGUGGAAUGGAGGAUUUUCGAAAGAACGAAACGGAUUAUCGAGAGUGCCGUAAUGUCGAAAAGGAUAAAGCGUCGUCAUAUUGUAACAGUCUGUUGUCGAAUAGGAAUGACCACGAAUAUCAAGAUUUUAACAUCACAGAUCCGCUUUUAGCUCAUGAAUUAUUCCUACCGUACAAUUGUAUGCCAAGACCGAGGCUUUUCUGCGCUAAUGACGAAGGUGCUGAGACUGCUACUGUAUUACCAAAAAGAUUUCCAUCGCCCAUUAGACACAUUUUACCCGGGAGAUUCGAUCUGCGUUCUAGUACCAAAGAGUUAUUAAAGCGACGAAGCAUCACCAAAGCUCGAAGGUAUUUGUGGGAAUUUAAGGAUCGAAUUUUGCAGAGCGCGAAACAAGUUUGGAAUGUGGAUGUCGAUUUGGAUUUGGUUAUUUGCACACUAGUGCUACAUGCAAUGUGUGAAAACGUGAUUUGGACAAUGGCUGGGACAAAUACAGGAAUUGAUGCCCAUACUUUCAUCAAUAUGGCCAUUAAUUGGAUAUUAGUUCAUUUACAAAUUUUAGAUCCGUCUAUGCUGAGUAAGCAAGAACGCAUUAUGUUAACUGAAUUUGAAUUACUUGACAUCGACGAGCGUUCGACAAGCCACGAAGUGGUCGUCUCUUCGAAACUCCGUAGAACUCUCUUCGAAGUGCAUCGUCCAAAGUUCGAUCCGCACGUCUCGAUCCAUUUGCAUCGUAGUUUGCCAUGGACGCUGGUCAGUCCGGCACAUCAGACGGGCGUCAUUAAAUUUUAUCCUAACGUGAGAGAACGAAUCGACGAGAAGUUACCGGACUCGUCUCAAUACGUGAAAUCAAUCUAUAUACCGGAUGUUACGUGUUCUCACUUCUGAGAGGUGCCAAAUCAGGAUUAUAUGGCUUAAAAGAAAUCCUGCCUUAAAAGAAAAGAAGUACCUGCUUGAGGAAUCAAUUAUGAGUAGGACUAAAAAUAAAGGAUCGCGCGUACUUAACACUUCAGAAUGCAGUUACUUUAACAGUUUAACAUAUUGCGA